CCAACCAGUCUCUUCAAGAAGAAGCUUGGAAAAUUUAAUUAAACCCAUACUUAGUAUGGCGAAGAAGAAGAAAAAUAAGAAAAAAGAAAAUAAUCCAAAUAAUGUUUUUUUUGGGGCAAUUCUCGAACACCGUUCCACACAGCCACAUCUUGAGUUCUCUACCAACCGAAGCACUCCGGCAUCGUCAAGUUCCGCAGGCACGCGCACGCCCACCCUAUCGGAACAAGGUACCGGCGACACGCCGACCGCCUGACCACAUCCGUGCCUCACCGACAUUUUGGCGUCGCCGCCACCGCCGUAUCCCGCGGCAGCACAAUGCGUGACGUGCACGCGGACCACCUGCUCGACCGCUGCGCCGUCGCGGCUCAGUGCGCACCUCUACUGCUUCCGGGCCCUCAACGGCGAUUCAUGCACCUCUCCGCAAUCGGCACGCGUCCGCGGCGACCCUGAUGUGUGCGCCUGCGAUGAACGUACGCACCCAUGCCUUCUCCGACUUCGCGCUCACCCUGCUCGACGAAAUGCGCACGCCGUGAAACCACUCCGCAGGCUCUGCCGUGCCAGACCUUUCGAGGCCGGAGCUUCGUUACCUACAACCGCCGCACUGCUCAGGAAGGCUGGGGUGGAUCAGGCAGACACUGGACUGUCUUCCUGACCCUGCCAUGGUUUGGCUUGGCUUGGUAGUUCCUAGAAAGCUGAAGUGGCAUCGGCUAGCUUACCUGGAGCUGAUGGCUGUACACCAACUUGGGAUUUCCAAACUUGCUAUCUGGUGCUCUUGUCAAACGGACUGGUCCAGGCUGGCUGGUUUGAAGAGUGGAUGAGAAAAAGGGAACCACUAAAGAGAGGGACAAGUAGAGAGGGUCAGAGCCACACAAGCAAAAUUAUGCAAUCUGCCCAGUGGUGCCUACAGGAUGGAAAAGAAUCAGACGUGUUAACCAUCAGCAGAUAUAUAUGUGUUGGGCCAGAAGGCAACGUAGCAUCAUCAUCUCCACAAGUACACAAGCCAAGCUAAGGCACCAAAUUCACAGAAUAUCAGUGAAGUCUUGGCUUUACUUGUACAUACACCUCUGUUUGCUAAUAUUUUCAUGCAAAUAUCAGAGUCCUGUCCUGGUUCUUUGCAUGGUGGGGAUGGGUCAACAAGCUGCAGAGGCAGCUAAGAAGAAAUUUGACAUGGAAAUCAAGCUGCCCCUGUCCGGUAUUGAGAUUCUGCAGACUUUGCUUGAUGCCAUGGUGAGAAGGCUGUAGCAGGAACUUGUUACCUGCUCAGAUCCAGAAAGACAAGUUUGUACUUGAAAAAAUGGAAUGCUAAGUGAUUGUUGAAUUCAGCAGGUAUAGAAGGAUAUAUGUGGUCUUCUAACAUGUGGUGCUAGUUUUUCCAAUUGGGUAGAGUGGAUAAUUGAAAAAAGAAUAGAGGGGAAGUUGGUGGAUCAGAACUGAACUUUUAGGAGCUUCAGAGGCCAUGGGAAUAAUAUGUGCAUUUGAGGAGUAGCUGGAAACAAAGUGUACAUCAGAGAUGUGCAACCUAGCAGAGCGAAUAGACACGGAAGUGGUUAAAAUCUGGAGUGAUAGUCUGAUAUAUGUAUGGCUUCAAGCCUUGAAGGUCACGUAGCACUGCCUUCACCACAACUCGCAGGUCACUAGCAUGGCCAUGAAGCAUGCUAAAUAUCAGUUCUUAUUUUCUUCUUCUGCUACCGUGCUACACCUAAGGAGGAGAGAACUGAAGCUACUUUCAUCGCCAUCUUUCCUGUCCAACACUAGUUCUGCUCCUAUCUCUUCUUUACAGCAAGGUCAUCUCCGAUUAGUCCCAUCUGCAGGACCCACAGAACAAGUAGUAUUAACUCCUAAUGGCACCAGCAGUAAUGGAAACAGAAACAAGGGAAGGAGGAGAAGCAGGAGAAAGAGGAAGGAGACAGCAAAAGAAGAAAAGGAAUGUGUACCAUCUGCAGAAGAAGUGUCCAUCAGAAUAGCUGAGGCCUAUGAAAGUGGUGACCCCCUUGGGCGGAAGGAGCUGGGCCGGUGUGUGAUGCAAUGGCUAAAGCUGGGCAUGUGCUCAAUGGCCUCCACAUUUGCUUCCACGGAAGUGCAGAACGAUGGAGCAGCAUUCUCAUUGGAUGGGGGAUCAUCUGAAGGCAACCUGGAGUUUAUGAUUCUGGCACAGCCUUACCUCGCUGCCAUCCCCAUGCCCCAGGGACAUGAAGCUCUCUGCCUCAAAGCCUCCACCCACUACCCCACCCUCUUUGACCACUUCCAACGUGAGCUCCGUGAGGUCUUGUUGAAACACCAGAACCAGGGCCUUAUUUCUGAUUGGCGUUCCACAGAAUCCUGGAUACUUCUGAAAAAAUUAGCUAAGUCUACCCAGCAUCGGCAAGGUGCCCGCAAACCUAAAGCUCCUGCGAUGCACAGCCUCCUUGGUAUAAGCCUCGACAAGACAAGGCUGAUGCAGACCAAAAUUGAAGACUUUGUCAAGAAAAUGUCAGACCUUCUAGACAUCGAGCGAGAUGCAGAGCUGGAAUUCACCCAGGAAGAGUUGAAUGCCACCCCAACAACGGAUAGUGCAGCAAAGCAGCCACUGAAGCCAGUCGCGUAUUUGGUGAGUCAUGGUCAGGCGGAACAAGAGCAGUGUGACACCGUUUGCAAUUUGAAUGUUGUCAGUACCUCAACUGGCUUGGGAGGCCUACGUUUGGUUCUGUUUAGAUUGGAAGGCACCCAUAAACUGCCUCCAUCAACACUGUCCCCUGGGGACAUGGUUUGUGUGAGGACAUGCAAUAACCAGGGCGAGGUUGGCACUUAUUGCGUGCAAGGCUUUAUACAUAAUCUUGGUGAGGAUGGCUGCAGUAUUACUGUUUCUUUGAAAUCCCGGCCUGGUGAUCCUACCUUCUCCAAGUUUUCUGGGAAAAGUGUGCGGAUCGACAGGAUACAGGCAUUGGCUGAUGGACUUACAUACGAGCGCAAUUGUGAAGCACUGAUACUUCUGCAGAGGAAAGGUUUGCAGAAAACAAAUGCUUCCAUUGGGGUAGUAGCCACUCUGUUUGGGGACAAGGAAGACAUGACGAUGCUGGAGCAGAAUAAUCUGACUGAUUGGGGUGAAUCAGCAAUACAGGACAAUGGUUUACUGGGGAAGAAUAAGUAUGACUUUGAUGCCUCGCAGUCGCAGGCUAUUACACUAGGCUUGAACAAGAAAAGGCCUGUCCUAGUUAUCCAAGGGCCACCUGGUACAGGCAAGACUGGUUUGCUUAGUUAUCUCAUUAAGUGUGCUGUCCGACAGGGUGAACGUGUUCUUGUAACAGCUCCAAGCAAUGCAGCAGUUGAUAACAUGGUGGAGAAAUUGUCAGGUACUGGGCUUAACAUUGUACGAGUUGGAAAUCCUGCCAGGAUAUCUCCAUCCGUUUCAUCAAGGUCCUUGGGAGAGCUUGUGAAGAGGAGGCUUGAAAAGUUCACACAAGAGUUUCAGAGGAAAAAAUCUAACUUAAGAAAGGACCUAAAGCAUUGUAUACAGGAUGAUUCUUUAGCUGCAGGAAUACGACAACUACUGAAAAAACUUGGGAAGAACUUCAGAAAGAAGGAGAAUGAAAUAAUCAAGGAGGUACUUUCAAAUGCUGAUGUUGUCCUAUCAACUAAUAUAGGGGCAGCUGAUCCGCUUAUCAAGGAAAUUGGUUUUUUUGACCUCGUCAUUAUAGAUGAAGCUGGACAAGCAAUUGAACCCUCAUGCUGGAUCCCUAUACUACGGGGAAAGCGUUGCAUUCUUGCUGGAGAUCAACACCAGCUUGCACCUGUAAUAUUAUCAAGGGAGGCCAUGCAAGGUGGCCUAGGGAUGUCUUUAUUGGAGAGGGCUUCAUCAUUGCAUGAUGAACUACUGACUACGAAAUUAACAAUGCAAUACAGAAUGCACGAGUCAAUAGCCAAUUGGGCAUCGAACGAGAUGUAUUUUGGGUUGCUCAAAUCGUCACCAUCCGUUGCUUCUUGCCUUCUUGUCGAUUAUCCAUCUAUCCAGGAAACUUGGAUAACUCGGUGUGCCUUGCUUUUACUUGACACCCGAAUGCCAUAUGGAAGUCUAAAUAUUGACUGCGAGGAGCAUUUAGACCUUGCUGGAACAGGCUCAUUUUAUAACAGCGGCGAGGCAGAUAUAGUUGCACAACAUGUAGUCAAUCUUGUACUAUGUGGAGUCUCUCCAACUUCCAUUGCUGUUCAGUCGCCUUACAUUGCUCAGGUACAACUUUUAAGAGAUAGACUAGAAGAAUAUCCAGAGGCUUUGGGUGUUGAGGUGUCAACCAUAGAUAGCUUCCAGGGGCGGGAGGCAGAUGCUGUGGUCAUAUCAAUGGUUCGGUCGAACUCCUUGGGAGCGGUAGGGUUCCUUGGCGACAACAGGCGCAUGAACGUGGCCAUUACCAGGGCACGGAGGCAUGUCACACUUGUGUGCGAUAGCUCUACGAUUUGCAACAAUGAGUUCCUGGCCAGGCUCCUUCGCCACAUCCGUCAGCAUGGCCAAGUAAGGCAUGUUGAACCCGGUUCCUACGGUGGUGAUUAUGGCCUUGGCUUCAGCCCACCUGCCUUGCCCUCCAUCAGUUAGUGCUCCGCUCAUUUGGCAACAAAUCGGCAAUCCUAAAGUGUUCCGUUUCUCCAUGCAUACAUGUCGCGCAAUUCUUGAGUGGUAAAACUGGGAGGUCCAUCAUGUACUACGGUUCUGAGGCUGGUACUUUGGGGUAUCUGAGAUGGCUCGAUGGGCUGUCCUGAAUGAACUGUGUGGCCAGACCAAGUUGUUUAUCAUGCACUUUUUGCGUUUAGCAGCAAAAACAAUUAACUGUCCUGGGUUUAUGUAACAUACGUAUUGCUUACCUGACGAUGGUUGAAUAUUAUUGAGUGUUGCACACUGGAUUAUUUGAUUAUUACAGAGAUGUACAGCAACUUAAAUCUCAUGAUUAAAGGCAAAUUCUUUUGGCA